UGAAAACUUGGAAUUCACUUUCAUGGUCGUGUAUUUUAAUCGCGGUUCUGUUAAAAAUUAAUGGAAAAAGUUAGAUUGAUUCGUAGUUAUUACAAAUAACGCACUAUGGAACCGAAAUGGCUAUAUUUAAGCAUAUUGUUGUUAUAAGUAUUAUUUCACAAUGUGCCGCGGUUAGUUUACAGGAACAACUAGAACAUGUAGCGAGACGGCGUCUCGAGAGUCAGAGGCACUUUUUAUCAAGACGUUUACUCCAGGAACAUAAUGAUGACGAAUCUGUACAAAGAAGAUUCUACGCCCCAGGGGGGUCCAUUCUCGGUGUUCCGUCGCUGCCCAGCCACCUGCCGCAAGCUGAGCCCAUAUUGCCAGGUCACACGUUGCUAAGGCCAGCGCUGGGCAUGCUAAAAUCGGCAGUAAAAUUUCCCCAUAGAGAGAUGGAGAAUGGAGCUGGGGUGUAUGGCAACCCCGACAAUUUGGGAAUUAGAUAUGAUGGAUUGAACGAGAGGCUUUUGUAUACUGGAUUCAGAAGAAUUCCAGGGCUCAGAAGGAUUCCGUCUAAUUACAUUAUGAUUCUACCACAGCGAAGCCCAAGCAAUACACGCAAUGGAAACCCUAUAAUCCUCAUAGGUGCCCCUGUUUCAAUUGAUUCAGAUCAUCUUACAACGGACCCUAUGACUUUGAAAGAAGUUAUGCAAAACAGAGAAGAAACAGAAAGAGCUAUAAAGGAAUUCUUCAAAAAGGUUGCAGAUACUAAUCGAAACAGUGCUUCGGGAAAUUGGAAACUCAAAGACGAUAAACCGCUCGUAGCGCUUCGGUAUGGUAAAAAUGAAGAAAAUAGUGGUGAAUCUCAAAAAAAACUUAGAGCUGAAGAUGACAAAGAUGAGAGUAGUGGUUCCUCCUCCGAAGAGGUCACAAAACUGCACGGUGAAUCUGCUUCUGAUGAGGGCAAGACCGAAGUUGAGGAUAAAAAAACUUGGUUUGCUAAAUCAAAGACUAUGUACAACAAUAUCAAGAUCAACAGUCACGCACCAGACAUGGCUGAAUAUAUGCCAGUUGAGCCAAACGAUUUCGAAGAUUUGAGGAAUUGGUGGUUUUACAAUCAAGAUGAUUUCAAAGCAUUCAAAGAUGUCGACAGCGACAUUGACACCCCAACGACAACCGAGACGCUUAAAUACAAAUCAGAAAAAUCAAAUGAAGAAUAAAUAAUUCGUACGAAA